AUGUUGGACAACGAGGAUCAUCGCUUAGAGAACCACCCGCGGGAGCUUACCCAGAACCCGCUGAAGAAGAUCUGGAUGCCGCAUAAAAACGGGCACAUUGCGCACAGACGGGUUUGCAUGACAAACUGCCCAACGCUCAUCGUGACUGUGGGACUUCCUGCCCGUGGAAAGACGUACAUUUCCAAAAAGCUCACCCGCUACUUGAACUGGAUAGGUGUGCCAACCAAAGAGUUCAACGUCGGGGAUUACCGGAGAGAGUGCCUGAAGAUCUACAAGUCCUUUGAGUUUUUCCGUCCAGAUAAUGAAGAGGGCGUUAAAAUCAGACGUCAGUGUGCAAUGUCGGCGCUGAACGAUGUGCGGCAGUACCUAAGCGUUGAAGGAGGACAGGUUGCUGUGUUUGAUGCCACAAACACGACCAGGGAAAGAAGAGGAACCAUUAUGAAGUUUGCUGAACAGAACGGUUUCAAAGUGUUUUUUGUGGAGUCUGUGUGUGAAGACCCAGAGUUCAUUGCACAGAAUAUCGUGCAAGUGAAGCUGGGAAACCCAGACUACAUUAACUGCAGUUCAGAGGAGGCCAUCGAAGACUUCAUGGAGAGAAUAAAGUGUUACGAGACCUCCUACCAGCCUCUGGAUGAAGAUCUGGACAGCGACGUGUCUUACAUAAAGAUCAUGGAUGUGGGCCGUCGGUACAUGGUGAACCGUGUUGUUGACCACAUCCAGAGCCGAAUCGUCUACUACCUGAUGAAUAUCCACAUCACUCCACGCUCCAUCUACCUCUGUCGCCAUGGUGAGAGUGACCUUAACAUCAAGGGACGCAUUGGAGGAGACUCUGGCUUGUCUUCCAGGGGAAAAGAGUUUGCUAAACACUUGAGGAAUUUCCUUGAGGAGCAGAACAUUAAAGAUUUGAAGGUUUGGACCAGCCAGAUGAAGAGAACCAUCCAGACAGCAGAGUGCCUUGGAGUUUCAUAUGAACAAUGGAAAUCUCUCAAUGAGAUUGAUGCUGGUGUGUGUGAAGAAAUGAUGUACGAGGAGAUCCAGGAGCAUUUCCCUCUGGAGUUUGCAAUGAGAGACCAGGACAAAUACCGCUACCGCUAUCCAAAAGGAGAGUCAUAUGAGGACCUGGUGCAGCGGCUGGAGCCUGUGAUCAUGGAGCUGGAGAGACAGGAGAAUGUUCUGGUCAUUUGUCACCAGGCCGUCAUGCGAUGCUUGCUGGCAUAUUUCCUGGACAAGACUUCACAUGAGUUGCCCUACCUCAAGUGUCCUCUGCACACUGUGCUGAAGUUGACACCAGUUGCUUAUGGAUGUAAAGUGGAGUCAGUGUAUCUAGGCGUGGAGUCUGUUAACACUCACAGAGACAGGCCAGAGAACGUGAAUGUGCAGCGCAGCACUGAAGAUGCUCUACAGACUGUUCCAGCUCACCUCUAAUUGCCCAGAGUCCCACUCCAGCGGGGACUUCGUUCUGCUCUCUCUAUAAAGGAAGCAGGCUCAGCAGCUUUAUCCCUCCAGCUUCUAGAACUCGGAUCUUUCAUUUCUGUAGGAAAGAAACCUACUUGGAUCCACUGUAACCGUUGCUGAGAUAAUCUCAGUAUCAUCUGUGACUGUAGCACUGAGUCCUGUAUGUACUGUCAUGUGCUUCCAUUGAUUUAAAAGAAAAAAACUCAUAACACUAUUUUACAAACAUUUCUUUUAUAAUAACCUGUUAUUUUUACUAACUGUGUUAUAUUUUAUACAAAAGUUAAAAAGAUUUAAAAAAAAAUCUCCAAGAACUAAGAGCCAGAUACAGCAUCUUCAUUCCACUAAUGAAGACUGUCCUGCAAAUACAACCUAUUAAAGAAUCAAAUCAGGCUCUAAAUGUAUUUGUGUUGCUAUAAUCCAAAAUGUGAACUGCAGUAAAAAUCAUGAGACUAAUAGUGUAGCUAACUUUUAACUUACAAAUAUUCCUUGUAUCCUCUGUGAGUGAAUAUCAGCCUAAUAGCAAAGGCCAGUUUGUUGUUGGGUUUGUUUUUUUGUUUUUCAAGUAUGGUACUGUGGAAGCUAAAGAUUCACAUUUCUACCUAAUAACUACCUGGUAUUACAUGUCCUGUAUAACUGAUGAAUAUUCAGCUCUGGAAAUGUAAACAUGAAAUGGAUGACAAACAAUCACUAAAGUGAAAAGUGUACA